AUUUCUCUCUUCUCCCUUCUUCUUUCUCCUCUCAGGCGGAGGGUGAUGUAGCAGCUCUGAACCGUAGGAUCCAGCUGGUGGAGGAGGAGUUGGACCGAGCUCAGGAGAGGCUGGCCACGGCACUGCAGAAACUGGAAGAGGCUGAGAAGGCCGCAGAUGAGAGCGAGAGAGGAAUGAAGGUGAUUGAAAACCGAGCGAUGAAGGAUGAGGAGAAGAUGGAGCUGCAGGAGAUACAGCUGAAGGAGGCUAAACACAUCGCUGAGGAGGCUGACCGUAAAUAUGAGGAGGUGGCCCGUAAGCUGGUGAUCCUGGAGGGAGAACUGGAGAGAACUGAGGAGAGGGCUGAACUCUCAGAAGUUAAAGCAAGCGACCUGGAGGAGGAGUUGAAAAAUGUGACCAACAACCUGAAGUCCUUAGAAGCCCAGUCUGAGAAGUACUCAGAAAAAGAGGACAAGUACGAGGAGGAGAUCAAAGUCCUCACUGACAAACUGAAGGAGGUGAGAUCCUAAUUCUAGUGAUCCCAAAGCAAAA